AGGUUUAAAGAGGCGCCUUUGGCGGUGGUGGGGGGACAGGGAGGUAGGAACGCAGCGCAGGCGGAACGGUCGGGGCCGUGCGGCAGUUUCCGGGGGAGCGGUAGGGUGUGCGGCGCCGCCCGGAGUGAAGCCGCGUUGCACACAGGCGGGAGAGGAUGGAGCCGGUGGCUGGCCCGGGCAGGAGUGGCAUUUGCCCGGCGACGGGGGGCGAGGGGGACACCGAUUCGGGUCAGGACUGCUCCGCGGCCGGGAGAGCUCUGGGGGCACAGGGCAGCUGGUCGGGGGCGGCUGGCUGCAACUGGAUCACGAUUCACCCCACGUUCACAGAAAUGAUGUCACUUGAUGUAUCUGAUAGCACUCAAGUCUACGCUGCGUUUUUGGUGUACCUGGACCUCUUAGAAGGGAGGAACUGGCAUGAGGUGCAGCCUGUGGGAGUGGAAGAGCUGCAGCUGGUGUGUUUGCAUGCCCGUGCCAAGGAGCAGGAGGCGCUCCAGGUGAUGGUGCCGGUGCCUGCACACAUCCUGAUCAGCCAUGAGAGAUUUGGUCACAGAAUAUCCAGAGCUGGAAGGGACACACAAGGAUCAUUGAUGUUCAGCUCCUGGUCCUGCACUCUCCCUGAGCAGUGGACAGCUUGGGAGUGAAGGGAAAAGCACUUUUAAGUUGUAAGUCAGUCUGUCAAGAAAUUACUACAGAAGCUUCCAGCCACAGGAGCCACUUGGAAGUUACAGGGAGCAAACUGAACUUCAGGGUACCAAAAGCUGAACAAAAACAAAGAGUGCCCCAAGAUAUAACAAACCCUACAAGCAAACAGCAAAGAAACCUCACCCCCAGAAAAGUCUGCCUGUAUGAAUAAUUUACAAAUGGUCAGAAAAACAAAACAGGAACCACCAACUUCCCCAGACUGUCAAAAAUGGAGGAGGAAGUCCACAGCCAUCCAAUCAAACUGCCUAAACCCAGGAAAAAUAACCCCUUCCCUCCCCAACCUGCUGAAAAGACCCACAGCAGUAAUGUUCCCUGCUGAAAAGUUAUCCAUAAAAAAAAAAAAAAAAAAAAAAAAAAAAAAAAAGACAGAAACCAAACAAUAGUUUUCUUGGAAAUAUUUAUGAACAAUAUUCAGAGGAAAUUUUCUCUCAUGUAACCAAGUAGAGAACCCAGGCAGAGACUGGGAAAACAGAUCUUGCUCUCUAGAGGGGAUUUCUGAUGCCUAACAAGUCCAAAGCCAUCCACUCAUUCUUACCACACACAUACAACAAGACUCUGACAAAGAUCAACCUUGUACCUUACUUGCUGGCACUCCUGAGGAGACACUUUAUCUGGCAAAGCUUUGACUUACCAACUUAAGAGCUGACUGAUGCCAGUAGAGUCAUCCGGUUUUCAGAGGGUCUUCCAAUCCCUUUCCUUUUUUCAAAUGAAAAUUUCAAAUGUUCUUUAACUAAAUACCCACAGGAUGAUUUGCUGUUAAUGGUCCUUGCAAGAGAGAAUUUUGCGCCAGAGGAGAUAAUUUUUGCAUGGAAAGUAACAGACCACAACACAGGUAUCGAUAAGUUUGAAUAAAAUAAGGCAAUAAUGAUGAAAUCUGGUCCAUGAAAAGAUAUCUUUGUCAUUUAGCAUCCAUUUGAAGAAAAUGUAGUUAAGCACUGAGUUCACAUGAAGAUUUUAGUAUUGUGUUGCUUUAAUGUUUUGUUUGACCACAGGUAGGAAAUAACUAUUCAGAGGAUAUCACAGUAGAGCAUCUCUUCAUAAAAUCCACUUUCCAUGUUCCUAAUCAAUAAUGACAUUAAAAACCUCACUGUGAGCUUCUGAACAAGCAGGACCUUACUGCAAAUGUCUGCUGGGGAAAUAAUAAAUUAACAAAUUCCACCAGGAAUAAAACAUCAGCCUCAAUGGGCUGCUUGAAGUCUCUGUUGACACCCACACAGCUUCCCAUGUAUUAGUAAAUAGUGGUUCUCCACCCAGCCACAGAAAUCUGUUUAUUUGGAGGUCUAAUUGGCAUCUUUAGCACUUGUAAUUGUCUCUUCCCCCCGAAUUUUGGCAGCCGAGAUUAUGAGUGGCCACCCUCUCUUUUGCAUCCCCCUGGGGCUGUGCAGGUGAAACCCCCAACAUGGUUUCACACCCGACUGAGGCAGGACAACAUUCCACUGCACAAAUACUGGCUGAGUUCUUCCUGCAGUGAUCUGUGCCCACCAGGCUGAGGUUGCUUCUGGGUAUCUCCAAUUGCUACGACAGCAAAGCCCCAGUAAUGAAUGUUCAGUAUCUAAGGGUGUCCUUCUGCCUCCACUCACAGCAAACAUGGGAAAUUACUCUUUCUGUAACUGCAAACACUUUGCAGGUUUUUCUUAAAAUUUAGCUUCAGACAGGCCUCAUCAGAACUGUGGUCCUUGUCCCCUCAGUGUCCCCCUGCGAGAAGAGCUGCAUUACUGUGGGUCCUGGGACACGUUCUAUUUCCCAGUUAGAGAUCUGCUUACAGGACACCCAAGCUCAUGUGACAUGGGUUUGGAGACUUGUUUACAGUGAGCAAGCCCAGUAGCCUGGGCAGACUUGUUGGGACAUUUAUAAUUGUGUCACCAGGCUAUGUGAGCCCUGUUCAAGAGCAGGACAGGCUGCUCUUCCCAGCCUCUUACCCACACCCUUAAUUGGAGGGUGAUAUCACUGCUUUGCCCUACUCUUCUUUAGCAAAAGAAUAGCAUGCUUACAUCUGUCACAAAUGCACCGAGGCAAACAUGCUGAUUGUCACAAGAAACAUUUGAUUUGGGACUUUUGGCUUCAAGAAAGUCACAUGAUCUCCAAGGAAAUUUAAAUAAAUUCCAGGCAAGUCUCCACACACCCCCAUACAUAGCCAGCCAGUACUCAUCAAUCUUAGGAGCCAUUUAAAAGUUCUGCAACAAUAAAGAUCUGAUUUUAUGAACAUUUUAAAUAUACUAUACAUUUGAUAUCUUGCAUUAAGUUUCCAGGAGACAGUCCUACAAUGUUAAUAAUCUCUUAUCUCUAAAUAUUUCUCAUUUUUCAUUCACAAAUUACAGUACUAUUGAGUCUCUUACAGCACAUUUUUCAUAAGUUCCCCGAGUGUUUAAGCCAGGGAAGAAGGGAAGGUCAAAAGAAACUAAGCAACUUGCUGAAGGUCCCUUAAAAAAAAAAAAAAGAGGCAAAAAAACCCAGCCACAUUGGCUCAGCACUCUUUUAAACAGAUUCAUUUUACCAUCCUUCAAAGGUCAAAGUCAAAAAGAGAUUGCAAGGAGACAAUAAAAAUAUAUGUACACAGAAAAUUGCACACCAGACCUAGAGUUACGUAGAUAUUUAAAAAGCCUGAAUAAAAGCACUCUCACUAGCUGACCAUCAGAGCUCAGAGCUCUCUUGUUUUAGGAAGCACGGAUCCCUUCUAGGUACCCUCACAAGACUUGGUGUUGUACAAGUGCUGAGAGAAAAAAAAAUCACCCUUCUCUUGAGUAGUACCAAAAUUAUUCUUUUUGGCAAAUUUCAUAAAAGCCAAUCCUGUUCAUGCUCAAGCAGGGAGCCUCAGGCACCAGAGUCAAACCUUGGCCAGAUGGGCCAUCAGAAAUGAGCACAGAACCUCAGCACCUCUGAAGCCUUCCAAAGGAUUGCCAUCUUCUUGAAGAGCUUGUUUUCCUUAAGAAAACUUGACUCCUUUGCUAAGGUAAAAUAAAUAAAAACUCCCCAAAACCCAGACAACAACAGCCAAACCCACCCUUGAGUCAGAAAUCUCCUGUAACUCUGCGCUGGAGAGAGCCCAAGGGUCUACACAUCCCUGCUCACCCUGAAGGGUGAUACGUGCGGGCACCUGUGAAGCAGCACAGGAGCAGAGGGCUUGAGGAAAAGCAGAGCACUUUAAUGACUCAACAGUCAAUGACUCAGCCUGCUGUAACAUGGCAGCAGCCAAAUUCUCUGAUAUCCAGCAGUCCAAUCUCCACAGCACCAAAUGAGAGCUGGGAGAGCUCUCAUCCCAGAUGGUACACUCAGAUGUGCUCUCUGCAAUCUCCUGAGUUCUCAAAAAGCUCAUGCAAUUUUAUUUUAAGCUUUGUCACACCUUAGGAUGCUGCUAACAGAGCAUCCAUUACUUUACCUUUUUCCAUGUCCUUUCUUUGUCUCCCCUGACGGGAUGGGAACACCUCCCAUGCCAGAGAGCAUUUCCAGCCAUUUUGAACACCCACACUUGGCAGCAAUGGGAGGACACUGUACAAAGUCAGUUACAGCUGCUUGAGUCAGAGCUUGGCUUUCUCGAUGAAAGCUUCCUGCAGGCUCUAAUUCCACUCUCCUUGUCCCAGCUCCUUAGAACCUCACAGCCCAGCAAGGCUCAAUCCUCCCUGAAAGCUUCAGGAAUUUGUGGGACAAGGAACCUGUUGCCACUGUGAGUUUUUACAAGCCCUGGGUUGCAACACUUAGGGUAGCUCUGAACAGGGUGGCACAGCUGAUCAUUACAGCCUGAUCCUCUUCCUAAAGCUCAGUUUCAGCACUGAGGAACACCACAACUGAAUGCUGGGAAGCUUGCCCUUUGGGAGAAGGUAAAGGUAGCUCCUGGUCUUUGAUGACAUGACACUGGGUGUCACUGGGUGUUUCAGGUCUCUCGAUGCAGAGGUUUAGCUAUAACUCAGUUUAUCAGUUAGCUGCCUCCAUCCCACCAGGUUCUCCUGGCAGAGACACGCUCCAGGAAGGGACAUUCAGUUUGGAUGGAUAAAGAGUAACAGUUGCCAGCAGAAGAGAUUAACUGCUGAGGUGAAAAGAUUGUCAGCAGAGCUGCGCUGAAUGUUUUCAGUGCAACCAGAGCCUCAGACACUGCCCUACAAGCCCAGGUGAGCACAGGAGGAAACACAGCCCAGUUUGGUCUGGAGAUGCACCAUUUCCUCACAAAUGGGGACUUGGUUUCAAGAGAACAGCUUUGAAAUAAAAUGCUCAACAGCAAGUGAGAUUCAUCUUAAAACAAAGUAUUGGAUGCUUAAAUGCAGUUGUGUCAGCUCAUGAACUUGAAUCCAACAUCACAUCUAGACUACUGCUUCAUACCUUCUUCAGAAGCCACGUUGCAACACCAAAGUUUCCACAAUUAAGGACAUAUAAGGGCAGCAUUUCACAGAAAUGGAUGACUAUUGAAAGACUUCUUUUGCUUAUGUUGUCUUCCAAGGGGGUAAGACACAAGCUGGAUAGCUGUUGGUUUCUGUUACGAAAACUUUACUACAUCUGAAGUUUUGAGUUCUGUGUGUGCGCUGGCUUUUCCCUGCUGCAGCUGAUCCAAUACCUCAACAUCUGAGCAAAACACUGUCCCUGGGUGCUUGCUGUACUUGCCACCACUCUCCUGGCAGAGCGAUGGGAUCAGUCCAAGGAGUCAGAUUUGGGAACCGGAGGAGGGAAGAGUGAAUGGAAACAGAUGCAUCAUAAUUCACAUGGCUGAAAUGUACCCUUAAGCUUCCCAUGCUUGCCUUUAUAUAUAUAUGUAUAUAUAAUAAAGCUUGGCAACAGUUCAGACCUAA